UAAAUAACAGUAGUUCGUUUUGUAAUCUCCUUAAUAGUAUAAAGUUUAUGUUGAAAUCAUUUGUAUUAAAAUGAAAUUGUCUAUUUUUUUUCUUUUUAGUGUUUUUGUGGUAAAUUUAUCGUUUUGUGAAAGCAAACCAAACAAAAAACCAACGUCAACGACAACGAAACCGGCGACGUCAACAUAUUCACCGCCAGUAAGUGGAUGUGUUUAUAUGGUCAACCGAGAAUCGGCAGGUGACACUACUAUGAAUUUUGAUGAUGUGGGUUUACUCGAUACAACUACUAUAGAUUUUAAAGAAACGGGAUUAAAUCAGACGACCGAUUUUGCUAGACAUCAUGUAAUACCAUGGCAUAGAAUUUCAAGUUUUUUCAAUUUGGUUCUUUUAGGUAAUAAAAAAACUCAAUAUGGACUUUGUACAAUUAUGUAUAAUCUUAUGAAUAAAUUAAUGAAUCGAUCAUCGAAUCAGAAGAGAUUUGAUGUAAUAGCCUUACCUAUAUCGAGAAAAAAUAUCAUUUUUAAAUUAUUAGAGAGUACAAAAUCAGAAAGAAUUGAUCUUAUGGUAGGCCAUUCUGUUUACUUUGAUCUAGAAGAAAUUGUAAAAGACAUUCAUAGAUUUUUUACAUGGUUUCCGGGUAAUAUAUUUAUAGGACCAGAACCUACAUUAAAAAGAGGAGAUGAUCCAAAAGAAAAUUUUGAAGAAUCAGCCAUAUACAUCAUUGGUCAAACUCAUCAUAAAAUAUUAAAAGAUAUGGACACUCAAAUGAAGAAAUUUAUUAAUGAGUAUACAAAUUUAUCGGUAAAUAUGCGUCAUACAAUCAUUAAUGAUGUUGCAAAAUCAUUAAAUGAUCUACUACCAUAUUCAGCUACACCAUUUAAUCCUAAAAAUUGGUAUUCAAAAAAUAAUAAAUGGUAUAUAAAACACGAGUAUUUAAAAUCUUAUCCCAUAUAUACGGGAAUAAUACCUGUACCUGACCCAUUACCAACAUCAACAUUUGAACUCAGAAAAACGCAAUUACAAUUAUAUAAGACAGGAUGUAGGUAUGAUAAUAUGUAUACAUAUGAUGAUAUGUAUAAUUCCAUAAUUUCAGAAAUACGUAAAAAUUGUAUUUCAUCAGAUUCUUCGUGUGGCUGUCAAAAACGAAAAAAGGUUAAGUUGUAAUGAAUUAUAAUGUUUUUAUAUUAGUAGUAAAUUGUAACCUAUUAAACAAUGUAGUAGUAAAUUGUAGCAUAUUAAACUUUGUAUUUGUAAAUUGUAGUUGUAGUAGUAAAUUGUAGCAUAUUGAACAUUAUAAUAUUAACAUUAAUCAAAUUGAAAUAAAUGUCUAAAAAAUAAUUUGUACAUUAA